GUAGAUUAGGAUAUAGGAAAUUUCUUGUUGAAGUUCCAAUUUUUUUACAAAUCCUGAACACAAUCUUCACGCGGUAGUGUAACUUGUAGUAGUAAUUUACUCCAUCUACUUAAAAACUAACUUUGACCAAUUAUUGUAUUGUAUUCCUUUUGUUUUAGCCAUAUAUCCACCGGAUCCCCCGUCGGCCGGCAGCCUCAUCGAACGCGUCUCCGUCUCCGUCGAUUUUUUUCACCAUCUCCUGAUUGUUUAAACCCCCAAUUAUACCUUCCUCUGUAUCAACAGACUUUUAUAGAGAUUAUAAACUUUGGAUUUGCUUUUCCUUUUUUCCCCUCAUUUCGGGCGGUCAACCUUCUCUUAAAAUCCCGUCGUGAUCCACCACUUCAGCCGUCGCCGUUGCCGUUCCCGUUCAUCGCCAUUGUCAUCAAUCAAAGCCAUUCAAGAUGAUGAUGCUUGUGAACUGCUCAAACUGCCGCAUUCCGUUACAGCUCCCGCACGGAGCUCGAUCAAUUCGAUGUGCAAUUUGCGGGGCAGUCACGAACGUCGCCGAUCCACGCGCCGGCCCUCCUCCUCCGCCCUCCACCUCCACUUCCAACCAACCCCCUUACCGUCCCACACCUCCACCUGCUCUAUCCCCAUACAAUCACGCUCCCCCUGGUCCUCCUCCCAAUGCCCACGGCCGGAAGAAAGCCGUGAUCGUCGGAAUUUCGUAUCGAUUCUCCCGCCACGAGCUUAAAGGAUGUAUUAACGAUGCCAAGUGCAUGAAGUAUCUCCUUAUCAACAAGUUUCAGUUCCCUGAAUCGUCAAUCAUUUCUCUGACCGAAGAGGAAACUGACCCCUACAGAAUACCUACUAAAGCCAACAUGCGGAUGGCACUAUAUUGGCUUGUUCAAGGAUGUCAACCUGGAGACUCCUUGGUAUUUCAUUACUCUGGGCAUGGCUCCAGACAAAGGAACACGAAUGGUGAUGAAGUUGAUGGAUAUGAUGAAACUUUAUGUCCCCUGGACUUUGAGACACAGGGUAUGAUUGUUGAUGAUGAAAUUAAUGCAACCAUUGUUAGACCCCUGCCCCACGGUGCCAGGCUUCACGCCAUAAUUGAUGCUUGCCACAGUGGAACUGUUCUAGACUUGCCAUUCCUUUGCAGAAUGAACAGGAGUGGGCAGUAUGGCUGGGAGGACCAUCGUCCUAGGUCAGGUUUAUGGAAAGGAUCAAGUGGUGGUGAAGUCAUUUCCUUUAGCGGUUGUGAUGACGAUCAAACUUCUGCUGACACAUCCGUAAGUUAUGAUUUGAGGAAACUAUGAUAGAAACUCUGAAAAGUUUUCUCUUUUCUUGAAUCAUCUCAUAAAUAUUUCUUUUCUGUGAUUAGGCUCUCUCGAGGAUCACAUCUACAGGGGCCAUGACAUUCUGUUUCAUUCAAGCUAUCGAGCGGGGACAUGCUGCUACAUAUGGAAGCAUGUUAAAUGCAAUGCGAACUGCCAUCAGAGAGGCCGGAAAUUCAGGAAGUAACCUUGGUGGUGGUGUUGUCUCAUCAGUCCUCACAAUGCUUCUAACUGGUGGCAGUCUCAGUGGCGGGUUUCAGCAGGUAUUCUUUGCCUUCAAUUGCUGAUGACUAUAUCAUCUGAUAACUCUAUCAAGUCCCUACGAUCAGUAUUCAUCUAUCUUGGUUUCUGAAUUCUGACUCACUAUGUUUGGUAACAGGAGCCACAAUUAACGGCCUGCGAAAUGUUUGAUGUUUACGCAAAGCCUUUCUACUUGUAAAUUAUCGGAAGUGGGGGAGAUGCUUUUCCACGGGCGGAUCUGUGGUGGGUGGUCGUGGGGGGGGGGGUUUGCGGCGGGGAGAAGGGAGCUUCCCACGGAGUUCCACCAUCCCAAAAUCAUUCGGUUGCGUACUUGGAAUUUGGAAUAUACUGAUUCAUUAACAAGGACUGCUUGUGCAUUAUUUUUAAACACUGUAAAUAUUGCUACGAGGUGAUUACAUUCUUCUUGGUUGCAGAGGGGCUGUAACUGCGUUUUGUAGUUUAACAUCUUUUAAUUUGAGUUUGUGAAUCCUUUUCUGAAAUUUUGUGAUGAUCAAUAAGAUGAACAAGUACAAUCACAAGCUAUCCUUUGCAAUUUUUUAACUGUUAAUUACAUUAUUAUUUUUGUAUGUUAGCACUGUUUUCUUUUUUGUUGAAAACGUAUGUUAGCGCAGUUCUGAACUACUUGUGCAUUUUCUGAAACGCCUCGACUAUCUAGACCGAUGUGAUUUGUGAACGGAUAACUAUGCAGGAAGACUAUGCGCGUACGCUUCCCAUCUAUGCAACUAUUUUUCCAUCCAUUGGUAAAUACAUAAGACUGUGUGAUUUGUGAACGGCUUAUAGUGGCAUCAAAAAAUUAAUAAGUGUAUAACGAAUCACACAGUAAUAAUCCCACUGGUAAAUACAUAAGACAUUUUCAUUUUUCGUAAAUUUUAUUUAUAGUGUUUUCUCAAUUGAAAAUGAAAUCAUGAAAAUGCUUCAUAAUAAUCGGAGCGUGCGAGUAUUACAAAAGGAUGCUUAAAUCUGAACCAUAAUGGGCUUGGCAAUGAGCUACACUGGAGCUGCUACUUUGGAGUCACGGCGUGGAGGGUUUGGACGUGGCGAAAUGCACGAAUUUUCAGGGGAACGG